AUGGCUCCGAGCGCGGUUUUCCGUGGUGAUCGGAGUUUUGAUGAUGAUCCCGCCGAUUUCCUUUUAGAAAUUGAGUGUGAAACAGAGGAGCGAUUUCCUCAGUCGGUUGGCGAUGAGGCCAAACAGACCGUGCAUCGGUUUUACUGCCUGAAGAGAGGGCUCCAAGACCGGGCCCUAGAGUGGUUCCGGCAACUAGAUCGCAAAGAGCGGCAAGACUGGGGCAGCUUCAAGAAGCAGUUUGAAGAGCGGUGGUCGCUGAAUUCUCAGAUUCUGAGACAGGAACGUUGGGCCCGAAGCCAAGCGUUUAGCAGCCUUAAGCAGGAGCCCAAAGAAACAUUGUCGGACUACCUUAAGCGUGCGGAUCAGAUGCACCGAGGCUUAGGUAUGGAGCGACCAGACGGUGGCAUGCGGCUGUUAGAAGGCUUGCAUGAUCCAGAGGUGGCACGGUGGGCGGGUAUCGGCAUGGGAGUGAGGGGGCAGGAGACCUUCGAAGAGGCGGCGCAGAUGAUUCGCCUAUUCAACUUACACUCUCGAGAGGAGGUCACCGUGUCAGGGCCUCCAGAGGCCAAGAAGCUAGUCACUGCCGAGGAGGCGCUGAUCCGGGUCGCUGAGGCGAUGCCAGUGAUGAUGGAUAGCCUGAGGGAGAUAUGGGCCAUCAGGAACCAGCUGGGUGACGCGACGCCUGCACAGAGCCGAUCGGCUAGCAGCGAGAAAUGGAAGGCUCCGAUGGCCAGCUUCAUGAGCCACACUGUUCCUUUGGUAUCAAUCCACACAAAUUCCUUGCACAACCCAUUGCCCAUCGUGACGCCAUCCAUCGAGAGGCUUUCCGCUGGGCCUCUACUCAGGUUUCUGCCAACCCAAGCCUGUGCUAGUGUUGGCGAAGACGCCUUAGUCAACGCCCACCUCGCCGCCUCCCUCGCCAGCGCUCGUAUUGGCGAUAGCCCCACCGGGUUUUAUAAAGCCGAUGAUGAUGCCUGGGACCUUACCUGCGAUGUUGAUUGGGAGGCCACCCGUGCAUCCCGCGAUGAUGCUGACGCUGACGAAGUUGUGGAUGAGAAUAUCAAGGAGCAUUCCCAUGCUAGGGAAGACAGAGUGUGA